CGUCAAUGUGCACGUCGCUAGUGCAAGUGUACUCACCUGGUUGUUUGUCUGUUGUUUUCUAAGCUUUUAAAUCAGGCACUAUGAGUCCCAAUAGGAAAUUCUUUGUUGGAGGAAACUGGAAGAUGAAUGGAGAUAAGAAGAGCCUGGGGGAUCUCAUCAACACCCUAAACAGCGGCAAGAUCAACGCCAACACAGAUGUGGUUUGUGGUGCUCCAACCAUUUAUCUCGACUUUACCCGCCAGAAGUUGGACGCAAAGUUUGGUGUGGCAGCACAGAAUUGCUACAAAGUGGCCAAAGGUGCAUUCACCGGUGAGAUCAGCCCAGCUAUGAUCAAGGACUGUGGUGUUGGAUGGGUCAUCCUUGGACACUCUGAGCGGCGCCAUGUCUUUGGGGAGUCUGAUGAGCUGAUUGGCCAGAAGGUCGCACAUGCAUUAGCAGAAGGGCUUGGGGUCAUUGCCUGCAUUGGGGAGAAGCUGGAUGAAAGGGAGGCAGGAAUCACUGAAAAAGUUGUCUUUGAACAGACCAAAGUUAUUGCAGACAAUGUGAAGGACUGGAGCAAGGUGGUUAUAGCAUAUGAACCUGUCUGGGCUAUAGGAACUGGCAAGACUGCCACACCUCAGCAGGCCCAAGAAGUCCAUGAAAAAUUGCGCAAGUGGUUUAAGACCAACAUAUCCGAGGAUGUGGCAAAGUCAAUUCGCAUUAUCUAUGGGGGUUCUGUCACAGGAGGCACUUGCAAAGAGCUUGCGUCACAGGCUGAUGUAGAUGGUUUCCUGGUUGGAGGAGCUUCAUUGAAGCCUGAGUUCAUAGAUAUCAUCAAUGCCCGGGAGUGAAAGCUGGACAUGUCCUCAUUGCAGGGGAUAUGCUUCACCACGUGACUCGCAUAUAAGAAACUGGUCGCAAAGCAGGCAGGAGGCCUAAACUCUGUGUCAUCCCACCUAAAAGCUCUGUGUGAGGCAACAACAGAUGAUUUUCAUCAGGGAAAUGAGGCCACAUAAGUAAUUGAGUCCGCUGCACUAACCUUCAGAGUAGAAUUUCCCCAUUUUGCUGUGCUUCUUUUUGAAUCCUCCAUAUGUAUAAAUGUUACAAAUAAAAACGGUUAAAUCUGAUUUCA